AGAGAGAGAGGCAGGACAAGCAGCUCCACUCUGCGUGUUCAGCCCUCCGGACUCCUUCCUCCUCCUCCUCCUCCUCCUCCUCCUCCCGUGGCUUUCUGCCUGCUGAUGCUUACUGGAGGUGAAGCUGUGCUUCUCUUGCUUUCAUCCCGGUAAAUUCAUCCCGGAUCGACCUCAGUUUUUCCUCCUUUUUUUUCCUUUAUUUACAUUUUUGACCUGCCAUCUCUGAUGACAGCGCAGGUGAUCAGUUGGUUACCAGACAAACCCUGAGUGAGACGGAGGGAUUCAGACCCAGAAGAGUGAACGGGAACACGGAGAGGGAAGCUGCAACUUCUCGGGAUUGUGUCCGCCGCUCGGAUCUCAGAUUCUAUCGGCACCGGAGCGGCGGCUUCGUUUCAUCCAGACAUGGAUUUUCUGGACCUGCGGUUCUUCAACAGCUCCUUUUUCAACGAAAAUUUCACCGAUGACUUCAACAAGACGGAGACAGAAGCCCUGCUGCCAGCGGGCUUCAGGGUCACCAUCGUGGUGGUCUACAUGAUCGUCUGCGUCUUCGGCCUGGUGGGGAAUUUCCUGGUCAUGUACGUCAUCAUCAGAUACACAAAGAUGAAAACAGCCACUAACAUCUACAUCUUUAACCUGGCCCUGGCCGACUCCCUGGCUCUGGCUACGAUGCCUUUCCAGGGCACCGAUGUUUUCCUGGGCUUCUGGCCUUUUGGAAACGCUCUCUGUAAGACCGUGGUGUCAUUCGACUACUACAACAUGUUCAUCAGCACCUUCACUCUGACGGUGAUGAGUAUGGACAGGUACGUGGCUGUCUGCCACCCCGUCAAGGCGCUGGACAUGAGGACGCCCCACAAGGCCAAGGUGGUGAAUGUCUGUGUGUGGGUGUUGGCCUCUGCCGUUGGCGUCCCAGUGAUGGUGAUGGGGAACGUGGAGGUGGUGGGGGAGGACAACAGUACUGAGUGCAUUUUGGUUUUCAAUGAACCAAAGGAUCAGUGGGAACCUAUUUUUGGCACCUGCGUCUUCCUCUUCUCCUUCCUCAUCCCCAUGGCCAUCAUCAGCAUCUGCUACAGCCUGAUGGUGAAACGCCUUCGAAACGUUCGCAUCCUGUCUGGCUCCAAGGAAAAGGAUCGCAACCUGCGGCGCAUCACCAGGAUGGUCCUGGUGGUGGUGGCGGCGUUUGUCGUCUGCUGGACGCCCAUCCACAUCCUGGUCCUGGCUCAGUCUCUGGGCUUCAUCCUGAGGAGCAUGUACGCCGUGGUCAUGUUCCACUUCUGCAUCGCUCUGGGCUACAUCAACAGCGGUCUGAAUCCCGUGCUCUACGCUUUCCUGGACGAAAACUUCAAGCGUUGCUUCCGUGAGUUCUGUCAGCCGUCUCCGUUCCGCCUCGACACCCAGCAGUCAGGCAGAAUGAGGAGCAUCGCCAGGGAGGUGGCAGCGGCCUACAGCUACAAGGGCGGGGACGGCAGGGGGCCCGGUGCGGGGACGGCGAAUCCAGCAUGACUAGGCGUGGAGCUUCCUUUGGUGGGGGUCGUCCCCACGCAGAGGGGAGAGACUCAUGGGACAGGAAACUCCAACACAGAGCUGACUCAGAUCACGGCUCUCUAGCGGCACGAGCCCUCCCGCCCCCCAACUCGCAGACUGGCAUGGGGCGGGGGGGAGGGAGACGAGCAAGAUGGGUUUGAAAGGAAAAGAAUUUAGGAAAGAACACAACAUCUAAAGGCUCAGAGAGCCUAGAAAUACCAACUGGUUGGAUGGGACAACUGGUUGUUGGUUUGAGGUGCCUGACAUGGACGGAGCUCAGCUGUGGCCCAAACUGGGCAAAGCUACACCUGCUGGUGCAUUUUAAACAAGCCUUAAGACGUUCUGCUUAAGGAGUCAACUUUGAUCACAAAACCAGUGUAAGUAUCUUAAGGUUUGGGAUUUUAGCUCAAACCUUCAUGGGCACACACUGCAGGAGUCUGCUGCUCCUGCACAUAACUGCCAAACCUUCUGGUUACAAACUCACAUUUUCAGAAAGCAUUUGAACAGCAGAAGCAUUGGUAGCAGCUACAGACACCAAAUCUGUGAAACCGUCCAAGCACUGCCUUGGUUAUGGAGGAACAGCAGCGGCUGAUGUACAGAUCGGCUCUGUAGCAGCCAGAACCACAAACUGAAGGUCCAAAUGUGAAACAGAGUUUUCAUCACUGCUGAGUGCUGCAGCUUUCCAAGUUCAUGUUUGGUCUGAAGUACUUCAGUGUUGGAUGAAAGGCCUGCAGUGCUCUGCUGUCACCAGCAGGGGGCCGUUGCUGUUCAGGUCGUACUAAGAUGUUUACGUUUUGUUCUGAGUUCUUAUCAUUUAUGACAUUGGAGUAAAGGUUGGAUUAUAAAUGUGUUUUCCAAUGAAUUGGGUUAAUAUUAGAACAAAGUGAGGUCACUUAUUGUUGAACUGUUAGGUCACACGAUUGCCAUUAGUCUUAUAAACCAAAACUUUGAAGGUAUUUAGAAAGAGCAAAAGCCUUAGGAAUGUUGUUGUUUACCACGUUUGAGAGUUUCUUUGUUUUUAUGACAGCAGAGAAUAUAAAGUGCUCUGGGUGAAGGUUGGGUGACCAGGAGUUGGACCUCCAUAGCUUUUAGAAAACUUAAGUUCUGAUCCAUUGAAGUGGACAAAAUUUAGGGAAACAGCAACAAUCUGAAAUAUUAGAUUUGCUAACAAUCCCAAAAACGUCCAACCAUUUGACCCCCAAAUGACCCAGAACACAUUUCAGCCAGAAACAAAAAGCUAAAUAAGAGAUAAACCCUACUGCUGCAAUUUAGAAAAAAAUAUAACCCUAUAUUGUUUUGUAUUUUGAAUGUUAAAGACAUAAAUGUUGAUACCUAACAUUGCAAACAUUACCUGCUGUACUUCAUUCCAUGUAGACUGAAGUGGACCUGGUCACCCUGAGGAGGAAAAUAACCAACUGAAAGCAACGACUGAGACUGACUGGGGUUGGACCAAGGUUAUAAAUAGUUUUAUAUAUUUAUGUUAUUAUCCUCUAUGGAUCAGAAUAACUGACUGUUUGAGGUGAUUUUGCUGGGUCAACUCUGAAAGGACUCAGAUUAUUACACAGGCAUGCGCUUUGCAAAUUAGAGCUGCAAUUGUGCAACAAACAAAUUAUAUUGUAAUCUGUUACCUGGAUUAAAAAAUACUAUUUUAUUUGACUAACCUGUUCUGUAAAUUAGAUGUAGCAUUGGAUUCAGAAACACGUCUAAUUAUCUGGAAUCAGCAUAAAAUAGGAAUAGUCAGAAUCUACAAGUCAAAACCUUUAAGAAAAUUGUUUAAAUUAAUUUUUAAGAAAAUCCAAAAUUUUACAGCAUAUGGAUGUUUUUCUUCAUCAUGUUUGUCUUCAAAUUUAUGAAUAGAUAAAACAAAUUUUUAAAAUUUCACUUCCAGCAUAUCAAAAAAAAGUUACACAAAGAGGAUGCUGGAAACGCUUGGAUAUAGAAAUGAAUACAAAGGCUCAGGAAAUCCUGUUUAAACACCAGGAGCAUCUAAACCUGCAGGUCUGGAUCUCAUCCAGAUUCGCUCUGCAGCUGACAUGAGGCCGAGGCGCAGAGAAAAUACAACCACAGACUAAUCAGUUCUGAUGAUCUGAGUUGCUUUAUUAUUAUUAUUUUUGAAGUGUAAAGCUGCUCAGGUCUGGGGUUGGGUUCUCGGAGUGUUUAAUGUGAACCCCAAUGCUGGAGCAGCAUUGACCCCAGGCAUCAUGAAGGGGUCGCAGGGUUCUGACCCCAUAUCAAGGGACAAAGGGGCUCUCUCUCUGUAUCUAUGUCUGUCUCUCUUCUUGGUGUAAUAAAGUGGAAAUCAGCCCUGAAACAUUGAUUUUAGAAGAUAUUCUCAUCAUUUUUGAUAGUUGUGACUGGAUGUUAUUUUCUUAACUUAUAUUUUUGGGAACCUGUGACAUCACACAUCUAUGACAACAGGCAAGAGUCAUGGCAGACCCUGAACAGAUCAGAAGCUGCAAUUCCAUUAAUCAUGAAAUUGCACAAGUUGAAGUUAUAAAAAUAAAUUUGCUUCUUGCAUGGAAACACACCAAUUUAGCAAAAACUCAUGUUUUUUGAUAAAAAGCUUUUCCGCUAGGAUGAAAAGAGAUUUAUUUAGCAAAACAUCACAUGAGCCACGUGAUUAAAGUUGUCAUUCGAAUGUGUUGAAUCCAUUGAUCUGUAAAAUCAAUUACAAUUUUCCCAAAACACUUCAUAUGUCGCCACUAGGAAGUAAUUGGUCCUGAAUAAGAUGCAGACAUCUCCUCUGAUUGGCUGACAGAUGAUGAGUCGCUCACAUCAUGACUGAGUUAUGAAAAUAUUUACUGUUUACAUCUGUUACUGCCAUGAUUUUUAAUGACUUAUCGUGUGAACAAGCUCAUUCACAUUUGGCUUUAAUCUUCUUAUUUAAUAGAAACACAUCACUUGUGACUUUGUGUUUUUUUGACAUAAUAGACAAAGAUUUGUGCUCAUCUGUCAUGGAAACGCAGCUGCAGGGAAACACAAAGACAAAACAUCCAUGCAUACCAGACCAUAAGUAAGAGUCGAAUGCUUACAUGCAUGUUCAUAUGGGAAUGAUCUGCUGUUUGCAAAGCCACACAGAGAACAUGCAGACUCUACACAGAAAAGGCCUUUCUGAGACUGGAACCAGCAACUGGCCGCAGCCACCAAGCUGCCUGAAUAAAAAGCUUAAUGCGAACAUUGCUUUCGUUCCUGUUGCCUUUCCUCUUUCAAAAGAAAUUUAGUCUAACUUUCCUACAGAGUUUUAAGAGAUAGACUCUUAGUUUGUGAGAAACUGCCUGUUGCUGGAUCUGUAUUUGUAGUUUUGUUGACUUUUUUUGACAUUGCCAACAAAUCUGCGCCCCUUUGCUUACGUGGCUCUGUGUUUGAGGAUUUACCCAAGCAGAUGGAUGAAGACUGUUUCCUGAUUUCCAUCCUUUCUCUUAAUGCAGUUUUACUGCAGUAGUUAAUGGAGGCUGUGGGCUGUCUGAGCUUUAACCUGCUACAUGUGCUCCGUAUGUCUCAGGGCUGGUGUCCCCUUUAAAAUCUUUGUCACUUCAUGUAAUUUCUGAAAGUGUGAGUUUCUGUAAGAUGUCUUUUUUUCUUUCAUUUUCCUUGACUGGCCUGUUGUCAUUAGAAUCAGAGGACUGCAAGCUGAGAUACGUUCCUGUUGCUCAGAGUAAGUUUAUGGUUUGUGAGUAAUUCGGCUGUUUGUUAAAAAAAAAAUGUUUCUGCUCUUUGCUGCAGACGAUUACCUUUUAUUUGAUUCCAUAAACGUACACUGCCUUAAAUAUCAAGUGAGGUCUGUUACUGAAGCUUGCUCUUUGGCUGGAUACAAUUUGUUCUAGUAUUUAAUGGUGCUUUGCAGCUACUUUAUAGCGGUUCUGACCCGUAUUCAUAAACCCUCAGAGAAUAGCAGGAGAUCUGGCCCAAAAAGAAAGACUUCAGCUUUGUUAAAAUCUGAUCCAAAGCAUUUUAUUAACUAAAACUUUAUCCUCACACAGGAAAACUGCAGUGCUGCCCUGUCAUUGCCCUUUAUGGGUCACAGACAGUAAAAUCAGCCUUUCUGUUCAAUGAUCAUUUAAGUUAUUAAUGUGAAGCUCAAUAAAAAUAGAUUUUUACAUAAGAACGUUAGACAGGGUCUAUGGCACCUGACAUUUACAAUUGUAGACAUUUUCUUCUUCUGCCUCCAGUUUUAUUCUAAUAUUAUAUAUAAUAUUAUAUAUAUUAUACCUAAUAUUCACUGAUUGUUUACAGUGAACAUUUUAGAUUUUGUUUUGGAAAUCCUAUUUGCUUUUAAAUCAUCAGGCUGAAGCGACGCUUCAGACUUUUCCUCUGAACUGGGGUUCUACUGAGAGGUGGGGAGCAGGCAAUAUCCUACCCACAGAAGAUCGCUCUGUUAAGUAAGCUGUAAGUAAAAUAUAUUAAUAAAAAGGACCGUUUUCAGUAAAACAUUAAAAUAAAAACUAAAUACAGACUGAAAAAUGCAUAAAAAGGAAAUGUGAACAGGAGUUUUCUUGCUAGUCAUUAGUCAGCGUGCCAUCAAGAUGAAAAUGAAAUCUCCAACAUUUUUCAUCCUAAAAUUAGGAUGAAAUCUACAAAAAUGUUUUUUAGAUUACAAAAAAAAAACUGUACAAAUAUGUUCUUUGAUAAUAAACUAAACUUUUUAUUUAAAUAAAAAUUGUAUAUCAAAAUAAUUUUUAAUCUUCUCAAAGUCUGAAAAUAUUUAUUGGCAAUAAAGCAACAAUUUCUGAUCAGUUACUUCCAUAUUUCCAUUGAUAUUUUGUUAUUGAUUGGUUUAUUGACAUCUAAACUUUUCAGUGAAAUGUAUUGUUUUAUAGCUACUGGCUAAUUUAAUUACUGGUAGUAAAUCACUAAUAUGUGUUUAGAAAAGCUUCUGUUAUAGAUUGUUUUCCUGCUUAUAAAAUUUAAUCUCUGCUUACAUUUAACUCAAAUUUACCAAAGCUGGAGCUUUACCUUGAUGAUAAAGUCUCUCUGUUAUGAGAGUUUUAUGAAUACCGGUCACCUUUUUUUUUACAACCUAGCCGAUUUUUUAGGAAAACUAGUCGGAGUAUCAAGGUCACCGAGUCCUUCUUUAUGAAGACGUGUCGCAUCGCCGCUGUGAGGCUCUUUGUGCUUAACUGUAACUGUUAAAACUAAAGAAGCAACGAUAUUUUCUGAAAUCGUUUGGUGUGGUUUCUUUGUAGCAGGUCAGUCUGAGUCGGCAGAAAUCCUCGUUUCCUGGGGAAGUCAGCAUCACUUUUCUGCCUCUUGACUCUGUACAGACAUUUGACAAGAACAUUCUCGAUGUAAAAGAACCAUGACCUCAUCGUUCAUAUAAUACUCAUGAUAUUUCGCUUGUUGUUCUUGAUGUAAAACUGUCGGCUAUCUCACAGCAUCUGUAAUGAUUCUAUAUCGUCAGCUCUUUGCAUCAGGAAGCAGAGAGCUCGCUUUCGUUUGUUUACAUCCUACAGACCACAUGAAUGUCAAAAGAAAUCUUGUUUAAAAUCUAUUUCUAAAAAACUGUUGGUGUUAUAAUAAUGCGUACCAAAAAAAGAGCAUUUCCUAAGUGUUUCUGUUGUGUUCUUUCUUAUGCUCAGAAAGUGUCUGGUAUCUAUCAGUGUGUUUCUUGUGGACUGCAUUUUGCUCGGUGCCUGAGUCGUGAUCCACAAAGAUCAGAGACAAAACUAUCCACACGCCCUCAACUUUAUUUUAAGUUCCAGUCACAAAUGUCAGCAGGUUUAAUUGUGAAGUUGAAGGAAACUCAUGAAUGAAUUUCUAAUGUUUUGACAAAUAAAAAUCAACAAAAUUGCAGAUUAACACUUUUGUAAUUAAGGCUGAAUGUUAACUUUGUGUUAUUUGUUGCAUCUGAAUAUCUGCAGAAUAAAUUUGUCACUUUUUUCUGAAUCUCAUGACUCCGGCACUGAGCUACAUAAACUUACUUGUUGCUGUUGUCUGCAUUCAGCAGAAUGAACAACUGUGCUAGCUGGCUUGUUAAACAUGCAGUAAGAGUUUUUGCUGAAGCUUGAAUUUAAAUUGUAUAUUUUUCUUGGCUUAUGAAAUGAAUAAAUAAACAAAGACAAUAA